UGUUAUCUAUCUUGAUAAAACGAAAUACCGAAUAUGGACAUGAGUUCCAAGAAGAAAUCACAAAUUCAAAUACUAUUCAGAAGAAUACGUAAAAAAUACAUUUAAUCUAGGUACGGUAUAAUAAAUAUGGAAGUCGAUGAUGAAGAUGUUAUUGCCGGCAAAGAAUUGCAAAAGUAUUUAAAUAUUGUCGGACAUUCAGAUUUAGAAUUUGAUUCAUGUAAACAAAAUAACAAUGAAAAGCUUUGUUUUUCUAAAGGUUAUACAAGAGAAUCAAAAUGCAUAAAAAAAAUUGUCAGACCAGCUAAAAAUCAUAUGAAAGAUUUUGAAUUGUGUUUAUCAUUAAUCAAGAUAAUAUUAGAAAGUCAACUUAUGUUUAAAGAAGAUACAUCAUUCAUUAGAGAGUUUAUUCCAUCAGAUUAUAUUGAGUAUCCAACAUUUUUUACAAAACAAAAUGGCUUGAAUCUUCUUUUAUUGUCCAUAUUUUGUGGUGUUCUAAAUGUAUUUUUACCAAAAUACUGUAAUGAAUGGACAGCAGUUGGAAUAUUAUUUAUGUGGUUGGGCUAUGUGUUUAUAGAAAUAUUAUUUAGCUUAAAUCAUAAUAGAAUGAUUAAAAAAACAAUAAUAAAAACUAUUGAGUCAAUGAAAAAAUCAUCGAUGCUUAUACAAAAAACUUCUAAUUUCCUUCAUGAGUGUAACAAUCUUCACUCUCUCUAUAAUGGAUAUAAUUACACGUAUGCCAGUAAGAAUGCUAAUGCUUUCAUAUAUUUACUUAUGCCAGAAUUGAAAAAUCUACUUUUAACUGUUAUGCAAGACUUGAUCAAUAAUCUUAUACAUAAUAUAUCGGAAAUACAUCAAUUUUUUCCAUUAAAAGAUUCUAUAUCCAACAUUGUAUAUUUAUACCUUACGGACUGUAAAAUAGAUUUGGAAAAUACAUCUUUAGAAAAUAUAAAUAAAGCUAAGUACACUUAUUUUUUAUUGCAAUCAGAAUUUUUGAAACUGUCAGCAUUAUGUUUUUGUCCAGUACUAUGGACACCCAACAGCUCUUCACAAAUGAACCGUCUGAUUGAAACUAUUGAAGAAAUUGAAAAGGUUUACUCAAAUUCAUAUGAUGUUUUAUAUGAUGAAUAUAAUAUUUAUUCACUAUUUAAAAAUAAUAAUAUGAAACACGAUAAGUAUUCUGGUAAAGAUACUAAUACUUCAGAUUUAAAAUUAAAGAUAUGCAGUAUUCGGCAAUUCCUUCAGAACAUGAUGGUACAUGUUAAGUUUAUGGAAGACUCAAUUGAAGAUAACACCUCAACUCAUUGCACUGAUAAUAUAAAUAGCACAUUAAAUGUUUUAGUGAAAGAAGUCAAUAUUUUUAAUGAACUAAUCUCAAAACUACAAAUUUAUUGUCUCAAGACAUGUAAUGAUGACAUGAAAGAUAAAGUUAAUUUGACUAAUAAUCAAAUUGAAGUAGUUGAUUAUACAGAAAAAGAGACUAUUGAACCAGAUAAGGGAAUUUGUAAAGAUGAGUUAUUUUUUGGUAUUUCCGAAGAAGUAACUGAAAUAAUAGACAAUAAAUCCUGCAACGAGGAAAUAUUUGAUAAAUCCAACAAUCAUCAUUUAAUGUUAGAGUUAAAAGUGGCCCUCAAAAAUAAGCAAGAAGAAUGGAAACAACGAGAGGAAAAAUUGAUGGAAAAACAUCCACUAUUUAAUGAUUUAUCAGAAGAAGAAAAGUGUGAUGAAAAAAAAUAUAUAUACAUAAAUAAAGUUCGUAAAGUUGCAUUAGACUUACCACCUGAUGAGAGAUUUCCUAUACAAUUGCCUUGUAAAAAUUUUGCCGAUGAAAUUGCUAUGGUUGCAUGUAAAUGGAAUACAGAAAUCAAAAGUUUUGGUGAUGAUUCAGACUCAGAUAUGUCAAGAAAUUCAAACGAUUCUUAAAUAAUAUUAUUAUGUUAAGAAUAAUAAACCAAGAUGAGAUAAUGAAAGAAUUAUGUGAGAAUUCAACAAUUCUUAAUGUUGUGGUGUUAAGUAUGAUAUAUCACUAUUAUCGACUGAAAUAUAAUAAAUAAAUAAAAAUAGAUUUUAUUUAGGUAUAGUAUGAAAAUUCAAGACUGAUUGUUUUAACUUCAAAUUACUAGGACCGUUUAGUAUGACUACUAGAGUAUUAGUAAAUAUUUACAGCUAAUAUUUGUGUAAUAUUUAAAACUAAAAUUAUUAAAUCAAUGAACAUAGUUCAA